AUGUGGGGGUACGAGGAGUUCCCAGUGCUUAACGGCAACCUUACUCUCCGGCGUAACCCUCACCCCCCGCCGGAGGGUCUCCGCCGGAGUCAAGCCCUUCAUCCCGCUCGGAGCUCAGGUCGCUCCAUCUCCGAUCCGGCUACCGAAGAGGGGCUUCCCGAUGCCCUCGCCCGAGAAGAAAACAUGGAUUAUCCACAGGAAAGCUUCGUUGCAACAACUUUCAAGCCGGAGUCUUUUUGGGCACGUCGUCGCGAGGUCGUUCGAGCCCGAACGCUUCGGCACCAGCUUCAGAUGCUGAAACGAACGGGUCGAUAUGACGCAUUCAAGCUCAAAUGGCAUCCGUGCUAUUCGGAUCCCCCCACGAUCUAUCCCAUACCCAAUCACCAAUUCUGGGACUCCGACGUGGCAAAAUGGAUUGAGGGCGCUUGUUAUUUGCUAGUAGAUCGCUAUGAGGCAGAGAUUGACCUGGCCGUCCAAGAACUGGUUCAGAUGAUUCGUGAGGCCCAGUAUCCAGACGGUUAUCUGAAUAUUCACUAUUCUGUAGUCGAGCCGGGGAAGCGCUUUACCAAUCUGAGAGAUAUGCACGAAUUGUACAAUGCAGGUCAUCUGAUUGAAGGGGCACUCGCUCAUCGGCUCUACUACAAGAAUGACGAGAUGAUGAGUCCCAUUCUCAAAUACGUCGAUCUACUUUCAGCUACUUUGGGUGACCAGGAAGACCAGAUCCCCGGCUAUCCCGGUCACCCGGAGAUUGAACUCGCACUUUUACGUCUUCACAAGGUGACAAGUGAUCCAAAGCAUCUAAGACUGGCCCAGUUUUUCGUUGAGGAGCGAGGAAAUGGAAGUGGAGGGAAAGAAAAAAGACACUACUACGAUGUUGAAGCAGAGGCCAGAGGGGAAAGCGAGCAUGACCUACCCAUGUACUAUCCUGCUGCAAGAAGCUAUUGGUAUCAACAAGCCCAUCUACCGAUCGCGGACCAGAGGACCGUUGAGGGACAUUCAGUGCGAGCGAUGUACCUUCUCACUGCAGUUGCCGACCUAGUUCGAAUCAGACACCCUGAGAGUAGCUUCGGUGCUAAGUACUUGUCUGCUCUGCAUCGAUUAUGGUCAAACAUGGUCGAGAAGAAGUCCUAUGUGACCGGUGGCAUUGGAGCCAUGAAACAAUGGGAAGGCUUUGGUAUCGAUUACUUUCUACCCCAUAGUACAGACGAGGGGGGCUGCUAUGCAGAGACCUGUGCAGCAAUUGGUGUUAUGAUGCUUGCCGAACGCUUGCUACAGGUGGAACUAAGUGGCCACUAUGCAGAUAUCAUGGAACUUUGCUUAUACAAUGCAAUUUUGACUGGCAUGAGUCUGGAUGGAAAGGCAUUCACAUAUGUGAAUCAGUUGGCUUCUUCUUGUCAGGAUCUUUCAGAGCGACACGAGUGGUUUGAAUGUGCUUGCUGUCCACCGAAUGUUACUCGAACCUUAGGCUUUCUUGGGGGUUAUAUCUGGAGCCAUACGGUGAGGGACAAUAUUGCCGUGGUGAAUGUGCAUAUGUACACUUCGGCUACUCUUGCUCUUCAGGUCGGCGGUUCGAAAGUUGAAAUAACACAGAAAACGCACUGGCCGUGGGAUGGCGAUGUAGAAUUUGAUAUACGUGCAGAUCACCCACCACUAGACAUUCAGCUACGAUUGCGGAUUCCUGGAUGGGUGAAAGCAUGGGAGGUUAGACUCACGUUACCUGCUGAUCCUUCAGUGCUGACUUGGAUUGAGUCAGAUUACACCCCGCCCUGA